GUCUGGUCCUCGUAGUCAAUUGAGGAUUGACAUUACAAUACCACAAACUCUAAAAACAGGCAAUACCGCUCUCUGUAUUUCCGUUCCCCAUUAUUUUUUGUAUGUAUAUCUCCUGCAACACCACUCAAUUUCACCAUCAUUCAUUCCUCACUCAUCAAAACUCCCUUGGUCUAACCAAAUUUCAAUCAUAAUCAAAAACCAGCUGAUUUCUUUCUUUCUUGCAUUAAAAAGUCUACAUAUUUCAUUAUUUAAGUCUUUCUUUUGUCUUCUUUUCUGGGUUUCGCUAGGUUCUUACAAAUACUUUGACUAAAUUUUUGUUUAAUUCUAUAUUUUUUUUGGUUUUUGUGCUUUAAAUUUUAGUACUACAAAUAAUGGAAGGUAAUGGGUUAUCAAGUAGAAUGUAUUCUAAUACAGGUGUUGGAAUACAUGGUUUAGAAAUGCCCUUAAACCAACAACAACAACAACAACAAAUGAUGGCUUUUGCACAACAACAACAGCAAACUCAGCUCUCAAUGAAGCAACCCACUAACUACUUACCCUACAAUACCCAAAACCCAAACCCAAAUCCGAACCCAUGUCAUAAACCCAAAACCCAAUUGACCCAAAUGACAAAUAGUGAUGAAGAUGAACAAGCUACAGCAAAUGAUCAUGAGAAUACCUCAAUGGAAGGGAAGAGAAAAGGAAGUGAUAAUAUGUCUCCUUGGCAAAGGAUGAAAUGGACUGAUAAUAUGGUGAGAUUGUUGAUUAUGGCGGUUUAUUAUAUAGGAGAUGAAGCUGGGAAUGAGAUUGGACCCGAGAAGAAGAAACCGGGUCCUGGUGGAUCUGGGUUGUUACAGAAGAAAGGAAAAUGGAAGUCCGUUUCAAGAGCAAUGAUGGAGAAAGGUUUUUAUGUAUCUCCACAACAAUGUGAGGAUAAAUUCAAUGAUUUGAAUAAAAGGUAUAAAAGGGUGAAUGAUAUUUUGGGGAAAGGAACAGCUUGUAGAGUUGUGGAGAAUCAAACUUUGCUUGAAUCCAUGGAUUUAUCACCUAAAAUGAAGGAAGAAGUGAGAAAAUUGCUUAAUUCUAAGCAUUUGUUUUUUAGGGAAAUGUGUGCUUAUCAUAAUAGUUGUGGGCAUGGAAGUACAAACCCUAAUUCAAUUGGGGAUCAACAACAAAACCCACAAAAUAUUUCCCAUCAAAACAUGCAAAAUCAGCAACAAUCUUGCCAUCAUUCUGAACCUUCUUCAAUGGAGAUUGGAGCACAUAAACUAGGGUUAGGAUCAGAGGAUCAUGAAGAUGAUGAUCUCGACGACGACGAUGAAGAUGAGGAAGAUGAAGAUGAAUUUGAGGAUGAAGAACAAGAACAUGAAGAAAGAGUAGGCCCAUUAAGAAAGAAAGCAAGAGGGAAUUUAGAGGCAUUACAACAAUUGAAUAGAGAAGUAAUGGGGAUGUUACAAGAUGGUAAUAGAAGCUCAAUGGAGAAGAAACAAUGGGUGAUGACACAAUUAGUACAAUUAGAAGAACAAGGGUUGAGAUUUCAAUUUCAAGCAUUGGAAUUGGAGAAACAAAGACUAAAAUGGAUUAGAUUUAGUAGUAAGAAGGAAAGGGAAAUGGAGAAAAUGAAGAUUGAUAAUGAAAGAAAAAGACUUGAGAAUGAAAGAAUGGUGCUGUUGCUUAGACAAAAGGAGAUUGAGUUGAUUAAUGAACCACAACACCAAAGCCAAAGGCAAUUACAACAUACUCCUCCUACAAACCCAUCAUGUCUUACUGCUUGAACAUUGUUUAGUACUUCCUUGUGACAUUUUCUCACGUAAUAUGUUACAGUUAACUGCAUGUAAUGUAUGUAGUGUUUUGAAAGGGAGGUAAUACUUUUAGGAGUAGCUACUUUCAAGUUCAACCUUUUGCUAUUUUUUGUUUGUUUUAGUUGGUUUAAUUAAUUAUAUAUACUUGUAUUUGGAUUUCGUUUAGUUGUUUAGAGGGGUAUUGGAUUCUUCUUCCAUGUAUAAUUAUUGUUAUUACUAAGAAAAUGUAAUUAAACCUUGGUGAAAAACAUUGAAAACAUGGAAGGAAUGUAGAACUACUUUUAGAUUGCAUCAUGCAUAUUACAU